AUGGCGUCAGUUAGAGACUUCCCCACCAUCAAGGCCAUUCGGUCAUAUGUGAUCAGUGGCGUCGGGUCAGGAGGUGAUUAUCACAAUGUCAAGGGUGGCCAUUGGUUAAUCGACUCCCCCAUCUCCACCCCCUCCUCGAUAUGGGAGCAGUACCGCAAGUCCCGAACAAGCUGGGGUAUCAAUGUCUUGGGAUCAUUCUUCAUCGAGAUUGAGGCUUCAGAUGGCACUGUCGGUUUUGCUACCGGUUUUGGAGGGCCGCCGGCUUGUUGGCUUGUCCACCAACACUUCGAGCGCUUCCUCAUCGGCGCCGACCCCCGCAACACGAACCUGCUCUUCGAACAGAUGUACCGGUCUUCUAUGUUCUACGGCCGCAAGGGUCUUCCAAUUGCCGUCAUCUCUGUGAUCGAUCUCGCCAUCUGGGAUCUGCUAGGCAAGCUGCGCAAUGAGCCCGUGUACAAGCUCAUCGGCGGUGCCACCAAGGAGCGCCUCAACUUCUACUGCACCGGCCCCGACCCCCCGGCUGCCAAGGCCAUGGGCUUCUGGGGAGCCAAGGUGCCCCUGCCGUAUUGCCCAGAAGAGGGCCACGAGGGUCUGAGGAAGAACGUUGAGUUUCUAAGAAAGCACCGGGAAUCCGUUGGCCCGGAUUUCCCCAUAAUGGUGGACUGCUAUAUGAGCUUGAACGUUUCUUAUAUUAUUGAGCUAGCCAAGGCAUGCUUGGACCUCAACAUCAACUGGUGGGAGGAGUGCCUGUCACCCGAUGACACCGACGGCUUCGCGCAGGUUAAGCGGGCGCAUCCCACCCUCAAGUUCACCACCGGUGAGCACGAAUACUCGCGAUACGGCUUCCGCAAGCUGAUCGAGGGCCGAAACCUCGAUAUUAUCCAGCCCGACGUAAUGUGGCUUGGUGGCUUGACCGAGCUGCUCAAGGUCAGCGCCAUGGCUGCCGCCUACGAUAUCCCCGUCGUCCCCCACGCCAGUGGCCCUUACAGCUACCACUUCGUCAUCAGCCAACCCAAUACUCCCUUCCAAGAGUACCUGGCUAACUCUCCCGACGGUAAGAGCGUGCUGCCUGUCUUUGGCGACCUCUUCCUUGACGAGCCCAUCCCCACUAAAGGAUACCUCACUACCGCCGACCUAGACAAGCCUGGCUUUGGUCUGACGCUCAACCCUGUGGCCAAGGCCAAGCUCAUUCCUGGUGAAUAUCUCCUCGCCCCGACGCCGGCUAAGCCCCUGAGCCUGCCAACCCCAGACAGCGAUGCCGAAAUAGCACAGAAGCAGACCCUAGAGGCGAAGGGAGAGACGAAGGACGCCCAACCCAAUGGCGAGACACAAACGAAUGGUGUUGUGGGUGAUCUAGUGGACAAGGUGAAGGAGCUUACGACCUCGGCAUAA